AAACAGGAUUCCAGCCAAAUACAGAGAGACCUGGAGCAUUUCAGAGCCUGAUCGACGCAUCAACCACCUCAUGGCAGCUUUCAACCUCACCCCCUCUGACCCUUCAACAUUCAUCCUAACAGGCAUCCCUGGCCUGGAAGCUGCCCACAUCUGGAUCUCCAUCCCUUUCUCUAUAUUCUACAUUAUCGGCUUGUUGGGAAAUUUCAUGAUUCUGUUUGUUGUAGGGAAAGAAGAAACCCUGCACAAGCCGAUGUACCUGCUGCUCUGCAUGCUGGCACUCACAGACAUCGCCAUACCGACCUUUGUCAUGCCAAAGGCACUGUGUAUAUUCUGGUUCAAUUUGAGAGGCAUUACAGUGGGUGGCUGCCUCACCCAGUUGUUCUUCCUGCAUGCGGGUUCUAUGACACAUUCAGCCGUGCUCGUGACAAUGGCCUUUGAUCGCUAUGUCGCCAUAUGUAACCCUCUGCGGUACGCCACCAUCCUCACCAACGCACGAAUAGCUAAGUUAGGGCUAGUGGGUUUGAUGAGAGCUGUUCUCAUCGUUCUGCCAAUUCCCCUGCUCCUGAACAAACAGCCAUUCUGUGCCAAUCACAUUAUCCUCCACACGUAUUGCGAGCACAUGGCCGUGUCGAAAAUGUCAUGUGGGGAUACCACAGUCAACAGGACGUAUGGCUUGGUGUUAACAUUUGUAGUCAUCGGGUCAGACCUGACUCUCAUCGCCCUCUCCUACAGUCUGAUCAUCAGGGCCAUCCUUAGAAUUUCUCAUAAGGAAGCCCACCAGAAAGUCCUCAACACCUGCACUGCCCACAUCUGUGUGAUGCUGACAACUUAUACUCCCUUCCUCUUCACCACUCUGACACACCGGUUUGGUCAGGGCAUCGCUCCCCAUGUUCACAUCAUCUUGGCCAACCUCUAUUUCCUCCUUCCCCCCAUGCUCAAUCCUAUCAUUUAUGGGGUCAAAACCAAAGAGCUCCGUGACAAAGUGGGCAAAUGCCCCUGCAGAAUACGAUACCUGGGACCACUAACUUUAAACCUGUGUGACAAGAGGGGGAAGAAUAGCUCCUCCCUAAUCAAGGGUGCUGUGUCCCCGUUUGGCUGA